CUGCCGUGCAUGCACAAAUUCUGGGGUCCCUUGUUGACUCUCCGUACGUGCCGAAUACGUUAACUAACUUGAGCAUUACGGAUUAUCUAAUUGCAAAGGCUAUAUGGGUGGAAAGGCGUUACUAGGUAAGCUUAACCAGCGAAUCUCCUCAGGGUCCAAAGAAACGAGUAGUUACCUGAAGAGCGAAGAGGUCAGUUGAGGAAACGGAGCCACUCUAUUGACACUUGGAUUAAGCCAUCGCCAACUGAAAUACCCAGGAGUCGCUUCAAGUGAGUCGGUCUGGUAAACUUAUGCCUUACCGCCUUUGGGCAGUACCCCCGCACUCCAUUUUAUUGGUCCAAGCCACGGUCGUCGUCUCCACCUUCGCUUCGCUUGGUCGGAGCCGAGGCAUCCUCGGGUUGGGGACGACUGGGGUAAUGGCUGGCGUUUUAAAAGGCUUCUAUAUCUCCAAUUCAACUUGUUUAUACUUCCUUCUCUCAUCUGCUAUAGAAUUGCUUACCCAAAUCACCGUUUACUUCGCCAUCACACGCUCCCAAUCUCAUCUUCCAACCGUUGCAAUGCGUGGAAUCCAAGUCUCCAAAUACGUCGACGGCCCCUCCGCCCUCACCGUCACAACCCACCCCACUCCCUCUCCCUCUCCCAACCUCUACCAAAUCACCAUCCACGCCACCGCAGCCAACUUCUUCGACCUCCUCCAAAUCCAAGGGAAAUACCAGCACCAGCCCCCCCUCCCCUGGAUCUCCGGCUCCGAAUUCGCCGGCGUCAUCACCGCGCUCCCUACCUCCCCUUCUUCCCCGCCAAAGUUCAAGCUCGGCGAUCGCGUCUUCGGCGCCGCACAGGGUGGGUUCGCUACUCAUGUCCUUGCCCCCGAGGGAUCCCUCCGCGCUGUGCCGAGGGGGUGGACGUUUGAUGAUGCCGCGGGAUUGUUCGUUACUGCGCCGACUGGAUACGGAGCGUUAGUCACCCGCGCGAAUGUGCAGAAGGGCGAGUGGGUGCUUGUGCACGCCGCGGCAGGAGGUGUUGGGCUGGCAGCUGUUCAGGUUGCGAAGGCGAGGGGGGCGAAGGUCAUCGCUACUGCAGGGACGGCGGCGAAACUUGCCGUGGCAAAGAGCUUUGGGGCUGAUUAUGGGGUUGACUAUGGAGAUAAGAAGUGGGUCGAGGAGGUUAUGAAGAUUACAGGCGGGAAGGGGGUUGAUGUGGUCUUUGACCCUGUUGGAAUGGUGGAUGUUUCGCUCAAGUGCACAGCGUGGAAUGGACGGAUUGUGGUUGUUGGGUUUGCGGCGGGAAAGAUUGAGAAGGUUGCCAUGAACAGGGUGUUGUUGAAGAAUGUGAGUCUCGUUGGAUUGCACUGGGGACGCUAUGUCAAGGAGGAGCCGGCGAUGGUGGAGGAGGUUUGGGCGGGGAUUUUUGGGAUGAUUGAGCGCGGGGAGUUUAGGGGAACGGUAUUUACAGACAAGGAAUAUGUGGGGUUGGAGACGGUGCCGGCGGCGUUGGAGGCGCUGGGGAGUAGGGGGACGUGGGGGAAGGUGGUUAUCAAGGUGCCACAGGGGGGGGAUUCGUCGAAGUUGUAAGGAUGGGAUAUUCUGUACGCUUAUGAUGGUGUGAGCUAGCUCGCCUAGGGUGUUCUUUUAGGAUGUUAAUAUAUUCAAUAUGUCCAAUAUGUCCAAUAUAUGGCUUUAUUGUUCUUAUUAAAAUGUGAUAAAGCGCUUUGUUGCGUUGGUAGUAGUGGUAGCUGUAUGCAUGUGGUUGGAUGGCGGCAUUGGCGGCGGAGAAAGGGUUGGAUGUCGAUAGAAGAUACUCUAGAGAUAGACCCUGACAUUAAACCCCUCAAAACAUUGU